UGCUGCGUUUUUAUUUCGCGUUGGAAAUUUUAUUUUGUUGUGAAGUUUGAAUUGCUAGUAAUUUUAACAGAAAUAUCUGUUUGAAAAUAUUUGAAUUUCAAAUUAAUUCUCUGACUUGACAUCGCAAUAGUUUUAAUCCUUCAAAUGAUUUUGAUUCUACCGAAUACUUCAUUUUGCCGGUAAUAUUUCAAGAAGCCCAAGAGUGUCAACAUAACCAAAGCAAUGAAUUCGUCUAAUAAUGAUGAUACCGUCGCAAUUAAAGCGCAGUAUGUAGUGGAACGUCACGAACCCAAAUUAGUACUCGAUUGUGUCUCAGAGUCUGAUAAAACAAAACUUACCGAAGAAAGCCCUCCUUCUAAGAAACACAAAAAUUCCAAAUACAAUAAGAAAGUUUUGAAAGGCCAAAAUAAAAGCAGAGGUCCUACAUUCAGACAAGAUAGAGAAUCUACCUUGUGCCCGAAACUAAUCGACGUAAAUGAAUCUGCCGAAGAGUUACCAGUUUGUGGUAACGAUAAAUGUCAGUUUAUUCACGAUGUAAAUACGUAUCUGGCUUCCAAACCAUCAGAUAUUCAAGAAGAAUGUUACAUUUUUAAUACUCAAGGGUAUUGCCCUCGUGGUGCUACUUGCAGAUUUGGCAGUAGUCAUUUAACGUCCAACGGAAGGAACAUCAAACGAAGUGAGAAUGUUGAAAACUGUAAUACUAACUUUCUCAGUUACGAUUGUCAACAUUCUCUGCGUAAAAGAACGUAUAACUUUGGUAAAACCGAACAAGUUAUAAAGCAGUAUGAUGAAAAGAAACGACCACCGGAUACUUCAUCUGCUGAACCAAAAUCAGCUGAAGGUGAAAUUAACGAACCAGUCGAAAAGACGACUGCGAAAGGUGAGGGUGACCAACUGGCAGAAAAUAUUACUGCAGAAGUUACAGAAAAUCGUCUGGGAGCUACCGAUGAUUCAGAUUUAAUACGAUUAAAACCCGAAGAAAAGAAGAAAAUCACGUGGAAAAAUAAGUUGGUUCUUUCGCCAUUAACAACGGUUGGAAAUUUACCAUUUAGAAGAAUCUGUAAAGAAUUUGGUGCUGAUGUUACCUGUGGUGAGAUGGCUCUGGCUAGUUCGUUACUACAAGGAAUGCCUCAGGAGUGGGCUUUAGUCAGACGACAUAAAACUGAAGACGUAUUCGGUGUCCAGGUUUGUGGAAAUAAUCCGCACGUGAUGACGAAAUGUGCUCAGUUACUUGAAGAACAAACAGAUAUUGAUUUUAUUGAUGUAAAUUUGGGUUGUCCGAUUGAUUUGAUUUAUAGAGAGGGAUCUGGUAGCGGAUUAUUGAGACGUACCAGAGUAUUGGAAAGUAUUCUCACGUGUAUGAAUAACGUUACUGAUAUUCCUCUUACUGUGAAAACUCGUACCGGUAUUUCCAAAGACGCGAAUGUUGUACACUCGUUGAUGCCAAUUUUCUCUAGAAGCAAAGUUUCUCUCAUUUCAAUCCACGGUAGAACUCGAGAACAACGAUAUACGAAAUCUGCAGAUUGGGAUUAUAUAGAAGAAUGUGCCAAGUUAGCUGGGGAUGUUCCGGUGUUUGGAAAUGGCGAUAUUUUAUCGUACGAAGAUUAUAAUGAGAAAAUGGAAAAAUAUCCUCACAUAAAUGGAGUUCUGAUUGCCAGAGGAGCGUUAUAUAAACCUUGGUUAUUCACUGAAAUCAAAGAACAACGUCAUUGGGAUAUUAGCAGCUCUGAAAGAAUGGAUAUAAUUAAAAAAUACGUUAAUUAUGGAUUAGAGCAUUGGGGAUCUGAUAAUAAGGGGGUAGAAAAUACUCGACGAUUUUUAUUGGAAUGGUUAUCUUUCCUUCAUCGAUACAUUCCGGUAGGAUUAUUAGAACAUCCACCUCAAAAAAUAAAUCAACGUCCGCCGCAUUAUGUUGGAAGAGAUGACUUAGAAACAUUAUUUGCUAGUCCAAAUUGUCACGAUUGGAUUAAAAUAAGUGAAAUGUUGCUUGGACCUGUUCCCGAAGGAUUUCACUUUUUACCAAAACACAAAGCCAGUUCUUGGAAAUGAUUACUCAUCGUCAUUAGUAACCGUUAUUUGAACACGAUGUUUUUAAUAUCUUCCUGGCCACAUACAGUCACAUCCCGAUGCAAUGACUUCUUUGGUAUUUUCCCAACACUCGCUGUCGUAACGUUUUCUAGUCAAGUAUAAUGUUUGAGUUCGUUGCACGCAUCUAAAUCCCGGUUGAGCGCAAAACUACGAAAAAAUUGAAUUUAAUUACGCUUCAGUGUACUGACAUAAAUUCUGAAAACCUUAUCUAUUACAUUUUCACCUGAUUAUUCGUGUUCCUCGAAAGUUCACCUACGCCAGAUGGUGUAAAUUUACGACAUACUGUUUCUACGUAAUGGGGAGGAUAAUAUUCGUAAAUAUCACUUUUUAACUCGAUACGUCUUCGUACAUUCUGGCACAGUGGUUGAAAAUCCUGUACAAAUUUAACGAAUGAGUGAGACAAAUUUCCAAUUUUAUUAGUUUUGCCAAUAUGUAGUGAAAUUGUCUACUAUCGAAAUAUUAUUGAACCAACAUUUGAGUAUUCACGCCUUCCUUCUUCAGGAUAUCCUUCUUCUGAUUCGAAAAAGAAAUCGUGUACUACUGGAAAUUCAUCCCAUGUUCUUUCUUCUGCUAUUUCACGAUUUGUUCGAAUAGCCUGUAAUAAAACCUGCGUAAAUAAUGCGAUCAGCUCGUGUAUCGAGAAGAAAAUUAUUUUGUAUGGAAAUACACACCUGAGUUAAGUUAUUAUGCUGUUU